UACUCGGCAGUUUUAUUGUUCAUUUCCAUCGAAUAAAAUGGAGGGCCAAGGACGAGAGCCAUACGAAACCUACAAGGGUGGGAGUGAUCGAUCAUUCUCCUUCUCGUAGUCUCGUUCGUUUGACGUUAGCGUUUUCUGCAGGGCAAGGAGCGACUGUUCCACUAAUAUGGCUGUCGGUGUCCUUGCGCUCCAGGGGUCUUUUAACGAACACAUAGCAGCGCUCAGAAGGAUCGGAGUUAAAGGGGUGGAGAUAAGGAAGCCCGAGCAGCUCCAGAACGUAGAUGCUCUUAUAAUUCCUGGAGGGGAGAGCACUACCAUGGCCAAGCUCGCAGAAUACCAUAACCUUUUUCCUGCCUUAAAAGAAUUUGUCAAAAUGGGGAAACCCGUGUGGGGAACCUGUGCGGGGCUCAUUUUCUUGGCAAACAAGGCCAUCGGACAGAAAGAAGGAGGGCAGGAGCUCAUUGGAGGGCUAGAUUGUACCGUCCAUCGGAAUUUCUUUGGCAGCCAGAUUCAGAGCUUUGAGGCAGAGCUGCCAGUACCAGAACUUGCAGCCAAGGAAGGUGGUCAUGAAAGUUUUCGUGGAGUUUUUAUUCGUGCUCCAGCAAUCCUGGAAGCUGGGCCAGAAGUCGAAGUCUUAGCUGAUUAUCCAGUUCCAGCCAAAAAACUGACAGACUCAAAGUUUGCUGCUGGAAACCAGCAGGAGACAACUGAAUCCAAAGGGAAAGUGAUAGUAGCUGUCAGGCAAGGGAACUUGCUUGGAACUGCUUUCCACCCUGAGUUGACUGCAGACACUCGAUGGCAUAGUUAUUUCUUGAAGAUGAUGGGAAAAAGUGGACAACAAAAUGGUAGCAAAGAGGAGGAUCUCAGUGACAAUCAACAACUAAGGACUGACCUCCCUAUAUUUCAAUAGUAUCAAAGUGGAACCGAAUGGUUGUCUUUCUUUGCAUAUUUAACCUUGUUAUAACAUUCCAUAGUUGCUUCUUUCUUUGAUAGGUAUAGAUAUGUUGCAUUAAAAUGCCAGUUUCUCAUAAAUUAAAACCAUAGCAGGGCAUUUGAAAAUCUCUUGGUAA